AUGAGCAACAGUGCAGCCACCGAAACGGCUCCUCCAGCCGCCGCUCCCACCAAAGUCAAAGCUCCCAAGAAAAAGGCGACGGCUCCCAGGAAAACAGCAGUCGAUCACCAGUUGGGCGAGCUGAUUCUGAAGGUUGUCGGGGAUAGCAAGGAUCGCAAAGGGACGUCACUGUCCGCUGUAAAGAAGGCGCUGGAGAGAAGCGGGAUCGAUGUGGGAAAGCGAAAGGCACAGAUCAAGAUGAGUAUCAGGAGGUGCCUGGCGAACGGCUCCCUUGUUCUGGUCAAAGGCCAAGGCGUCUCCGGCUCCUUCAAACUCCCUAAGAAAGCGGCUGCCAAGAAACCGGCCAUGAAGAUAUCACCGGCCAAGAAGGCGACAGCGAAGAAGUCUCAGGCCAAGAAAGCGACAGUCAAGAAAUCCCCAGCCAAGAAAGCGACAACCAAGAAGUCCCCAGCCAAGAAAGCGAGAGGCAAGAAGACGGCACCGCCAAAGAAAGCGGUGAGCAAAGCAGCGCCAAAGAAACGGACUCCCAUGAAGAAGGUGAAAAAGACCAAGGGCCCUAAAGCCCCCAAACCCCUCAGCAAACCGGCUAAAAGCAAGGCCAAGCCCAAAGCAAAAGUGACCAAGACAGCAGCAAAGAAAUGAACCCGUCAGUGUAAUAUGUAACCGUCUGAA